CAUCUGUUCGGGUAUAAAAGCCGCGGGCUUACAGCGUUCGAAAAAAUCCACGCUAACCAUCUCAAAUUGGAGAGCAAGAGAGAGAGAGAGAGAGAGAACUGGUUUCCCCUUCCCUUUUUGCCGAUGGAUCCUUCCUACUUUCAAUUGCAAAGCUACGAAAUCUCGUCCGGAUCCUCGGCAGGACCGCCGGACCCUUUCUCAUGGUGUCGGCUCGAGGAAUCGCUUCCUUUCGAUGCGAACGAUUCGGGGGAGAUGUUCUUGUUCGAUGUGCUGAUGGAGGCAGCCACAAAGGAGCGAGAGCCCCUCAAUUUGCUUCCAGCCAAGGGCGAUGAGACCGAGUCGAAGAGCGGCGACGAGCACAGGUCGAAGGAGAAGCCCUACCGGGGGGUGAGGCGGCGGCCGUGGGGGAAAUUCGCAGCGGAGAUAAGGGACUCGACGCGGCACGGGAUGCGGGUGUGGUUGGGGACGUUCGAUAGCGCCGAGGCCGCGGCCUUGGCCUAUGACCAAGCGGCAUUCUCGAUGCGGGGGUCGAUGGCCGUGCUCAAUUUCCCGGUGGAACGGGUGCAGGAGUCGCUCCGGGGGCUCGAGUGCGGGGAGGAGGGCUGUUCCCCGGCGGUGGCGCUGAAGAAGAAGCAUUCCAUGAGGAGGAGAUCGGUGAGCAAAAAGAGUCAGCUGAAACAAGUAAGUUUAGAUGAUGUCUUUGGAGUUGGAAUACUUGGGGAGCAGAGCUUCUAAAACCAUCGGAGAUUGAAAAAUUUCUUAAAUCUCUCCCUCCCGUUAUUCUAUUCUGAAAUUUUGGGAACCGCUUGCAUUUGAUGCAUGAAUGUUUGUUAAAUAUUUGUGUAAUUAGAUCCGUUUUGAGUUUUUUUAAGGCAACUAGCUUUCAGCAAAAUAAGGACUCUGUUUCAUGGACAUAUUUCUAUAGACCGCCAACAAUAAAAAAAUAUAAUUUCAAAAUACGAUGAGACUUUAGUGGCAUUGGCAUGAGCAUUCAAGUAUUAUCGCAGUCUAUCAAGAUAGAGACAGCUUAUAUAUAAGAGAUUUUUCUUUUCAAUUAGAAAGACCGACGGGGUCC